AUGCACACAUUUUCAACAUUACCUGUCGAACUAGUUUAUCGAAUUAUGGAUCAUCAAAAUGGCCGGACGCUAUUUUGUUCAAUGCAAAAUAUCUGUCGACGGCUCAAUCAGAUCCUGAGUACUUAUCAGCGAUAUCAAACACUCACCACCCUUAACCUCCAGGAUAACCAAAUCGGUGAUGAAGGAGCACAAAACAUUGCGGAUGCGUUGCGAACGAACACAACACUCACCACACUUGACCUCAAUGGGAACGAAAUUGGCGCUGACGGAGCACAACACAUUGCUAAUGCACUCCGAACGAAUACGACACUCACCACACUUAACCUCAGUUGGAACCGAAUCCGUGCUGAAGGAGCACAACACAUUGCGGAUGCGUUGCGAACGAAUACCACACUCACCACACUUGACCUCUAUCAGAACGGAAUCGGUGCCGAAGGAUCACGACACAUUACGCAUGCGUUGCGGACGAAUACCACACUCACUACACUUAACCUCAGUUGGAACCGAAUCCGUGCUGAAGGAGCACAAGACAUUGCGGAUGCGUUGCGGACAAAUACGACACUCACAGCACUAGACCUCCAUACGAACGAAAUCGGUGCUAAAGGAGCACAACACAUUGCGGAUGCGUUGCGGAUGAAUACGACACUCACAGCACUAGACCUCCACCAUAACGUAAUCCGUGAUGAAGGAGCACAAAACAUUGCGGAUGCGUUGCGAACGAACACAACACUCACCACACUUCACCUCAAUGAGAACAAAAUCGGUGCUGAAGGAGCACAACACAUUGCGGAUGCGUUGCGGACGAAUACGACACUCACCACACUUGACCUCUAUCAGAACGUAAUCGGUGCUAAAGGAGCACAACACAUUGCUAAUGCGCUCCGAACGAAUACCACACUCACCACACUUAACCUCAUUUGGAACGAAAUCGGUGAUGAAGGAGCACAAAACAUUGCGGAUGCGUUGCGAACGAACACAACACUCACCACACUUAACCUCAGUUGGAACCGAAUCCGUGCUGAAGGAGCGCAACACAUUGCGGAUGCGUUGCGAACGAACGCAACACUCACCACACUUGACCUCCAUACGAACGAAAUCGGUGCCGAAGGAGCGCAACACAUUGCGGAUGCGUUGCGGACGAAUACGACACUCACAGCACUAGACCUCGACAAUAGCGUAAUCGGUGCCGAAGGAGCACAACACAUUGCUAAUGCGCUCCAAACGAAUACAACACUCACCACACUUCAUCUCAGUAGGAACGUAAUCGGUGCUGAAGGAGCGCAACACAUUGCAGAUGGGCUGCGAACGAAUACGACACUCACCACGCUUCAUCUCAGUAGGAACAAAAUCGGUGCUGCAGGAGCAGAACACAUUGCAGAUGGGCUGCGAACGAGUACGACACUCACCACCCUUGACCUGGAAGGGAACAAAAUCGGUGGUGCAGGAGCACAACACAUCGCAGAUGGGUUGCGAACGAAUAGGACACUCACCACACUUCACCUCAGUUGGAACGAAAUCGGUGCUGAAGUAGCACAACACAUUGCUAAUGCGCUCCGAACGAAUACGACACUCACAACACUUGACCUUCGUGCGAACGCAAUUGGUGCGGAAGGAGCACAACACAUUGCGGAUGCGUUGCGAACGAAUACAACACUCACCACACUUAACCUCUACGACAACAAAAUCGGUGAUGAAGUAGCUCAACAUAUUGCAGAUGCAUUGGGAAGGAAUAUAAGCGCCAAGGUGGUAUAG